UCAUAUUAUAGUUUAGCCAAUAAAAGUGUACAAAAAAAUUUUUUUUGCUCUCAUAAAAUGAUUUUGAAAAAAUCUAUUGUUCUGUUUGUGAAUUUUCAAAUUUUUAUGAUAUUAUUACACACAUCAAAUUCCUUACAAUUUGGAUUACGUCAAUCUCGCACCGUAUUUCCAAAUCGUCGCGCUCAAUAUCAAACAAAUCCAUUAACAAUACAUAAAAUCGAUCCAUUGGCACAACAGUUUAGGGCACAAAAUAUGGAUAUUCGUGAUUUACCUGUUUCGCCAACAAUCAUACGAGGUCGAUAUGAUCUGGAUCCACCGGCGCAGAAGAUGAUAAACAAUAAUAAUCGACCAAGAGAUUAUGUACCAUCGUUUAUGUUCCCCGGCUAUGAUGCUCCAGUCAUUACAAGGAGGACUGAUUUUAUCAGAUUUGCACGCCAUGCAGGUCUAACAGGAAGAAAGGCAAAAACAGCUGGAUAUGAAUUUAUACCAGGUGCUUUUGUGAUGAAAACGAAAUGAAA